GCUGUUGACCAUUACCUGAUAAAACUGUGGGAGUUGUAUUAGUAGAUAUCAUAGGCCUCAGUUGACCAGAGCAAAAGAUGGCUGUCUCAUGCUUCCAAUUACCUGCUUGGUUUUGUAUCUCGUUAAUCUGGUUGGUUCGAUCGAUCGUCCCUCUGGCUUGGUUCUAUUUUGUCUCGAGCCUACUCUGCUAUUUGCUACCCGACCAAUAUUAUUCCCUCCUCAACUACCCCCAUGGCCAUCAUCACAACAAGCAGCAACAGCUGCACCAUCAGCCGCGAUUAUGGUCUUCACUCUGCUUGUUCCUCUCGACGAUCGAAGUCGCUUUCUCGAUCUAUUAUCUCUACUCGGCUCAUCUUGUCCAACGAAGGGUCGCCCAAUUCGAACAUCCCACUUCUUUCAUCCGGACUACCAUCAAUCGGAUCGUCGGCAGUGGCCUAGGACCGGAUCACCCUUCUACCUGCUCUUCAAACUCGACCAACUCACUAUCGGGCUCACCCGAUUCUGCUGACCGGCUCGAGAAUGAGACUCUGUUGACAAUCCCUCCGAUCUCUCCUUCCCGGCCUAGCUCACCUUCAGGUCUCGCUCCCGAUACCUCACUAUCCUAUGAUGAUCCGGCAGCAGUUGAAUUCCGAUCUAAUCAGGUUCUUUGGUUUCAGAAUUGCCGAUGGGAUGAGAUCCAAAAAGAGAACAUGUUGGAAUGGCUCGCCUGGUCUCUAUUCAGCAUGCCGCUCGAAGAAGUCAGAUUGGAAGAUCAACAGAUGGAACUCAAGGCUGAACCAAGAUCAAAGCUACUAGAGGAGAUCCUGAUUCGGUUCGAAAAUCGAGCUGGCGCUCGACUCAAACCAGGCUAUAACCCUAACCUAGCCAAACGAGUCAUUCGCUUGACACUCGAUCCAAUCAGCAUCGAAGUUCGACCACUAGGACUCUACCUAUUGUCUAACAUGGGCAGUCUGAUACUCAAACAUUUCCUCAGAAAAGCCGGUUUCAAAGAAGCUCAGUGCACCCAUCGAUGCCCUCAAGGCUUGAAGUACUUGAUUCGAAAGCCACCCGGCUGGGACGACCAACCCGUCGAAAGUCGUCCGGUACCUCUCAUCUUCGCCCACGGAUUAGGAAUAGGUUUCUGUCAGUAUGUCGCGUUCCUAAACUACAUGGCCAAUGCAUCGUGGGCUCUCAAUAAACCCAUAGUUAUACUGCUUCAGCCUUCCAUCUCCCAAGAAGUAUUUUCCGCUCAGCACCUCAGACCGCCAACCAAAGAAACGCUUGCUGCCGACGUGAUCCAAUUAAUUUAUAGCGAAAAUUUGGCUGAGGUGGGAGUCGAAUUGAUUGGUCAUUCUAUGGGGACCAUUGUCAUAGCUUGGGUUGUGAAAGCUCUAUCAAACAAGGGAAUGAUCAAGCGGAUUUGCCUCAUAGAUCCAGUAUGCUUCUGCUUAUGGGAGCCACACGUUUGCUACAACUUCCUGUACUCAACGCCGCGUACGGGGAUCGAAAGGAUGAUAAGAUAUUUUGUGGCCACUGAAUUAGGAGUAGCUCAUCAUCUACAUCGAUAUUUCGAAUGGCGAUCGAAUAUUUUGUGGCCAUUCGAAAUUCCUGGAUUUACCGAUCCGAAGAGGUUCCAAGUGUUCUUGUCGGAAAAAGAUUCGAUCUUGGACCCUGCAAGAGUGAAGAAGUACUUGAUUGACAAUGGGAUGAAAGAAUCGGUUGGGAUCUUCACCGCCAAAGGCGCUGCACAUGGUGAAAGUGUAAUCGAGAUGGGCUCUCACUUCGACCUAGUCAAGAAGUGGCUUGAAGAUCGAAUCUCCUAA